GGGUCAAGGGAGGGGGAGGGAGCCACAGGCUGAGCUGAUUCCACGUGUGACGCUUGAGUUCCCAGCUCAGUGAUAUUUUCUUUAGCGGGCUUCGGCGUAGCCUUGUGAGUCUUCGUUAGUUACUGGCUAUAGUUGGGUUAGCUAUGGAGGGAGACGGGAGCCAAGCCGCAUCUGGAGGAACCCCUAAUGAUUCGCAACACGACCCGGGUAAAAUGUUUAUCGGUGGCCUCAGCUGGCAAACUUCGCCAGACAGCCUUAGAGACUAUUUUACUAAAUUCGGGGAAAUCAGAGAAUGUAUGGUGAUGAGAGAUCCAACGACAAAACGCUCCAGGGGCUUCGGAUUCGUUACUUACGUAGAUGCUGCCAGUGUAGAUAACGUCUUAGCUCAGCAACACCACGAAUUAGACUCAAAAACGAUCGAUCCUAAAGUUGCCUUCCCUAGACGUGCUCAGCCCAAGAUGGUCACAAGAACAAAGAAAAUAUUCGUAGGAGGAUUAUCAGCGAACACAGUAGUUGAAGAUGUGAAGCAGUAUUUUGAACAGUUUGGCAAGGUGGAGGACGCCAUGCUUAUGUUUGACAAAACGACUAACAGACACAGAGGUUUCGGCUUUGUAACUUUUGAGGUUGAGGACAUUGUGGAGAAAGUAUGCGAGAUCCACUUUCAUGAAAUCAAUAAUAAAAUGGUAGAAUGCAAGAAGGCUCAGCCCAAGGAGGUGAUGUUCCCACCGGGUACGCGAGGCAGGGCCAGGGGCCUGCCCUACACCAUGGACGCCUUCAUGCUGGGGAUGGGCAUGCUGAGUUACCCAAACAUUGUAGCAACGUAUGGCCGUGGAUACACUGGUUUUGCCCCAAGCUACAGCUACCAAUUCCCUGGCUUCCCAGCGACGGCGUAUGGACCGGUGGCAGCAGCGGCAGUGGCGGCAGUGCGUGGCUCAGGUAGGGGGGCCCGUGGAAGAGGUGGCUACAUGGCAUACCAGCAGAACGCAGGGGCAGGGUUCCCAGAUUAUGGGUUCUAUUCCGGGGCCGGGCCCAGUGACCUGCGGGGGCCGCCCUGCUCCUUUGCCGACUUUGGCUCCCUGGGGCCCCAUGCUGCUCAGAUGCUGCAGCACAGUGAGCAUCAUGCCACCUCCGCCUGCAACUCCCCCCUCCAGCACCACCUGCAGCACAGCCCGGACCCCUUUAAGAGCCCAGCAGAGUAUUUCAGGAGGCCCGGGGAAGACCGGGCGGAGUUUUUAACUGGCUAUGUGAACAGGUGAUGCCAUCCAACGCCAAGCACUACAGCAUCAACCCACAGGAGGAGAGUGGAGGUGGCACCACGUGAAGAAGAACUGAAGAAAAUGUCAAAAUCAUCUCAGAAAAAUAAACUACAAUCUGCUGUACUAUAAUCCAAACCUGGCGUUCACAUCCUUAAUAUCCAACUGUAACCUAGUACCUUUGUGUAGGAUUUAGGUGUUUUUUUGUCCUUUAAAUGUUCCUUAUUUUAAAUCUGUUUAGUUUAUGUUCAUUAUUUUCUUUGUAGUCUUCAAAUUAAUAAGGGAAGAUUAAUUCUAAUUUUAAUUUACUCCAAUAUUUUUGAUCCUCUCUGAAAUUAGUAACUAUUUAUGUAAACUGGCUUAUUUAAUUUUUUUGUUUUUGAUUGCUAUGUUUGUUUGCUUUUAUGAAAAAAUGCAGGUGUCAGUUUGCACAUACAAGAAAACUGACAUGAACUGAUGAGGCCUGAAGAAAGGCGGUGUUAAUUCAAUUUAAAAAGAGUAACUAAUAAAUCUUAGUAGCUUUUUUUUGUUUAUUUUAAUGUUGUUAAUUACCUAUUUUGGGCAAUAAGAGGACUACAAUAUUUUCACAGUCCUUUUUUACAAAUGUUUUUGUUGUCAGGAAAAAAUAACCUUUCCUUUUAAUACUUUGUGAAUUCAGAUUUUAAGAAAAAUAUAACUGUAAAUAUUAUUCAAGUCACUGCAUAUAAUCGUUUCAGAGAGAACCAUAUUUUUGUGAUGGUUCAUCAUAAAAGGCUGUAAUGUGCAAGAGCGCAACUGUCAAAGACGAGGACAUUUAAUGCUCUUAAAUCGUAUUAUUAUCCAUUUGUAGCACAAAAUGCCAUUAUAACCCCACUCGAUCCUACAAGAACACUGUUGGCUUGCUCUGUAAAUACUGUUGUCUUUCUGACUGUGCUAAUGUCAUACCAGCAUACUGUUGUGUCUUCUACCUAGUGAGCUCAAAAGUGCACAGCUUCUAAAAGAUGACAGAAGGUUAACACUGGACAUUGCUACACAAUGUCUCUCAAAGAGGACACCGGCCCAACUUCUUCUAGACUCUCGCAAGUGAAAGGCUACUGUAUCUGUGACUGAAGUCAAUACUAUAUAAAAAAAAGAACAUGAUACAAAUCCAAAGCACACUUUUACUUUGUAUUAGUUUGAAAAUACCAGAUGUUGAAUACUAGUGUCCAGAUACAUUUCAUACCAAUCUGCAAGUGUUGUUUCAUUUUGUUAUGAUUAUCUUCAGUUUUUGUUUUUCUUAUUAAUGCUGUUUAUUCAUUUUGAACAGAGCGCCUGCUUUCAAUGUGACAGGCAAUAUUUCAAGUCAGAUAUAUUUUACAUACAUUUAUUGGGAUGUUUUCUUGAACUGAUUAGGAAGGCAAAACAUCGAUCAUUACCUCAGUCCUGUGAGUUUUAUCUUAGACGAGAUGACAAAUUCAUUUAUUUUAAAUUUAAACCGAUUGAAAUUAUGAAUGGGUUAUGAGAAAAGUUGUUGCACUGUGACAAAGAAGGAAAGUGACCAUAUUCUAUUUGCACAUUUUAAGUGUUGGAUAUUUAAAAUGGUCUUGAUCAGAUGAUAUACGAAGGAAUGUUUUUUAAGAAUAACUUUUUAUUCCCAUUAGAGAUUAGGCAUCUUGACUGUUGCAAUUGGAAAAAGUUGUUUUGCCCAAAGGGCAUUUAUUUAACAAAAAAUAAAUAUGUAUAAUCCAUAGAUUGGAGCAUUUCGGCCUAGCCAAGUAACUGUAGUCACCACGUUCAUUUCCUGUAGGGACUGGUUUGUUGAGAUUGAGAAAUGUUCAUUUCCUGUAGGGACUAGUUUGUUGAGAUUGAGAAAUGUUCAUUUCCUGUAGGGACUGGUUUGUUGAGAUUGAGAAAUGUUCAUUUCCUGUAGGGACUGAUUUGUUGAGAUUGAGAAAUGUUCAUUUCCUGUAGGGACUGGUUUGUUGAGAUUGAGAAAUGUUCAUUUCCUGUAGGGACUGGUUGUUGAGAUUGAGAAAUGUUCAUUUCCUGUAGGGACUGGUUUGUUGAGAUUGAGAAAUGGUUCCUCUGAAGCAGAAUGCUGGAUUAUUUUAAAAUAUAAUGGGGACUUGUUUAAGUAAUAAUCAAAUUAAAAUAAACAUGUAUGUUACGAAUUCAAAAAAAGAGAAAAAAGUAUGUUCCCUUGAAUGAUUUAAAUUUUUAAUCAGAAGGAUUUGUAUCAAUAUUUUUGUGGUUGUUAAUGAUUAUAUUAAUAAUAAUUAUUAUACUAACAAUAUUAGAAUGUACUGUACAUCCAUCCGAUUCUUUCUCCAUUCCCUGUCACCUGAUACAGUAAUCUUAUGUUGAUCAUCAAUGUAUUUCAGUAAUGUGUGAAAAAAAGAAAACUGCAAUGACCUUGUAACAGAGUGCCGUCUUUGAUGCCAGUGUAGUGGCUAUACACUUAUUUGUUGAUCUCUCUAUCUUCCUCUUUGUCUCCCACUCCUUCUCUGACUCCCUCUCCCUCUCCUAGUAUUAGUGGUAGUUGUUAUGUAGUUAAGAUGUAGAUGUAGCUAUUAGGAGAUGUAGGACCAGUAAGGAUAGAGCUUUCUCUUCUUAAUUACCAUAGUUAUAUUUUUUAAAAAGCUGACAUUCGUUUCAAUACCAUUUGUCUAUUUUCAGUUGUACAGAUCUCACAUGGUUUCAACUAACCAAAGCAAUCAUUGAGGACAUUUAAAUCAGACAUUUCUGUAAGACUGAAUCGUUAACAAGGCAUUGAUCCCCACACUUGAAUGUUUAAAAAGGGGUGUGCCAUACUACCUUAAAAGCUAAUGCUAGAUAUACAAACCAGUGUUGUUAUUAUUUCACAAGAGGGACACAUGCUAUGAUUAUGAAUAUAAUGGAUUUUAUUACAUUAAUGGAGAAAUCAUAUAUUUUUUAGAAAGUUCUAACGGACUAAUGAUAAUAAUGGUAACAAUAGCGGCUAUUAUAGAUAUAAUUAUUUUAAACUCGUUUUGAUGUUUGUACUAUUUAACAAUAUCCCAGUGGCCUCUGGCACUACGAUUUUUGGAUACAGUUGUAUUUUAUUUUAGGUGUCUACCUAAUUAAUUAUUAAUAUUUAUUAAUUCAUAUUAUAUUUUGAGUUCAUUAUCAACAUUUGAGAAUUUAGUGAAUUAUUUUUGUACUCUUGAACCAUUGGAACCAGCUUUUUACUUUAAUCAAAGCCAGGGUAUCAUGAAACAUUUACUUUGUAGAUUUAUUCAAGUGCUUAGUCUUUAUUUAAAGUCUUCACAUUCAAAGAUGGUAGCCUGCUUGUUAGUAUAGACAUUUGCACUGUGCAAUAACUUAAUCUUUAAGACCCUCCUGCUAAAGGAAAACAAGACAGUGCAAAGCUAUUGAUGAGUUGUUAUAUGAAGGGCUUAUUGAAAUGAUACCUAUAGGACAUGUUUCAUUUUAAGCAAAUCAUAGAACCACAGAGUUGAGGUAGGAUAGGAUGUAUGCAUCAUUCUCAUGAAGACUGAGCCAAAAUGUGGCACAUGUCGGAACCUGUUGGUAAAGGGGACAUUAUGGCAGCAGUAUGUACCCACUGAGAGCAAGUGAUGUUUGUACUAUGUAAGGCUCUGUUAUACAUUGAAAGAUGCCAUUUCUGUUUUAAAUGUCCCUCUACCAAUAUCACUAUACCUGAUUUACUAUUUGAUUAGAGUAAAAGUUGGCUGGCUAUCCAUUCAAAAUAUUUCAUAGCAUCUCUAUUAGUUGAUUUAAAAAAUAUAUAUAUAUUUAAAAAAAAGUGAUUUCAUAGCUUGGAUUUUAAGGUAGCAUGGCUCUGUAGUUGCUGUACUUUUCUUUCACAUGGACAGCAGUUUACAGCUGAUGAAUGUUACACAUCUUGCUAGACUACUUAAUCAUUGGAUAAUUGUUGGUAAAAAAAAAUUUAAAGAGAAAAAAAUUAAAAAUUAAAGACCUGGAAGGUGUUGGAUGAUACAUUGGGAACGUACUGCCGUAACCAUUUAAACUUGAAUCUUGAGGCAAGUGCUAGGCAAUGGCCAAACAAUUAUCCCAUCACUGAAUUAACAGACACAAUGCACACAUACCUACUGUAAUAACAGGUAUAUAAUGUAUAUACAUGUUAGUUAAAGAUAUAUUAUUGCGCAUGUCUAUUUGUUGAGGCUGAACCCUCAUUUCAGAUGAAAUUAACUCCUUGCUGUUUGAAAUGUUUACGUAGGCAGCACUGUUUGUAUUAUGUUUGUGUCACGCUUAACAUUAUGUUUACCAAUGAUGCAACAUGGCUGGACUGGAAAACAUGAAAUGAAGAAGCUGUAACGAUACUUUAGGGUAAAGCAUACAAUACAAUUAUUUAAAAUGGGAAAUUGUCGGUUAGUGAGUACCAUGGCAUGGGCCACUGCUAGAGCAGAGAGAGAGUGUGUGUAUGUGGGUGGGUGUGUGUGUGUGUGGGUGGGUACAGGGGGUUUAGGGAAGCGGUACAGUCAUUAGAAGUCCUGUGCGUCUUUGGUCUUUGUGAACAUUCGUCCUACAGUACAUUUGACCUUACCUUAGCAGAGUCUUUUCUUCUCUCAUGCUCCCUCUUGGGUUCGACCUCUGAUUGCCUUGCCCAUUCCUAACACUUGCCCAUGUUUUAAUGUUAACAGACUUUUUACCGCGAGAGCUGACUGAUAGGACUGAAUUCUGAAAGCAUCUUUCAGGUCUUCUUGUAUGGCUUGCUCAAGCCCUGUUGUAAAAUAAACUGAAGUGGAUGGGGGUCUCUCACAUCUCAGAUGUGGAAAGUAAUUUUAUAUUUGUAUUUUCAAAUAAUGAUAAUAAUAAAAAUGUUUGUGAAAGGUUUCCAUCCUCUACUGUGGUCCAGAAAUCGAUGUCUUUGUCUGGAAAAAAAUAAAAUAAACUGUUUUGAA